UUUUGGCUCCAAUAAGGCGCAUUUGACUGUUAUAACUCUUUAUGCACUUAUAACCCAAAUUCAUUAGAAGAUAUAUUUGUUUAAGUAACAAUUUUAAUGGCAACGAGUGUAGGACUGGCGAUGAAUCCGCCGCACACGACAGAAGAAAGGGCGGUUUUCACGCAGCUGAAGCCGGUGAGGAUGUCUGGAGCUGACGGAGCUGAAGACGCAUCCGUGUUUGAGGACGUCAAACCCGGGACGCAACUAGAGUUGGACAAGUACCUCCCCCAGGUCAACAGUCCUCUCUUGAGUCUCUCAACCGACAACGGUGACAAGAAAUACAGACGAGAGAGUGCCUCCGUGGUCGAUGAGUACUUCUCAGAGGACAAACCUAUGGCCCCUUACAGUUUUAACAUCAAUGUCAUCCUUCCCAGCACGACUCACCUCCGCACAGGCCUCUACCGGCCCAACACCAAGACCCUCACACCACAGCAGAUCAAGACGGAGCCUGGACUGGAGGUGCCCUGCUCUAUCCCUACCACCACCACCCAGGCCCUGCCGGACUUCACCUCUGUCUUCAGCAUGCAGCCUGUAAUCAACAACGUUUUCAUCAAACCAGACAUGAGUUCUGGAGAAGUGGUGAGUGUGCCCACAGGGUCGCAGCAGCAGCAACCAAAUUUGGAAACAGAGCUUCACAUUGGACCCCCGGGCCCCCAGUCGCAGGUCUACCACAUGCCCAUCACCAGCUGUGCUGACCUCACCAUGUCCCACACCUGCCCUUCUGCACAUGGCUCCACCAGUGGCAGGACCAUGUUGAACCUCGGCAGUGUUGCAUUGCCAACAACCAACAGCAACUACAUGAUGGCAGAGCACCACCUGCCACAGCACCAUGGUUACUACCAAGCUUCUCCAACCAGCUCAUCCCAGCACACAGCGCCCCACAGCCUGCCACCCUCACCUCCAAACUCUCAGCCAGGGAGCCCAGAUGGUCAGCAAGAGCUGCUCAGCUUAGCGCCCCAACCUGUGCCUCCAUACCAGCAGCGUAUGGGAGGGAUAAAGGUGAUGGGGUUGUCCCAACAUGCCAUGCUGAUGACACAUGGUCAGGGUGUCCUGACAGGUCCUAAAUACAACAGGCGAAACAACCCAGAGCUGGAGAAGAGGAGGAUCCACUUUUGUGACUUCCAAGGCUGCACUAAAGUUUACACAAAGAGCUCUCAUCUGAAGGCACACCAAAGGACGCACACAGGUGAGAAGCCGUACCGUUGUACAUGGGAGAGCUGCGACUGGCGUUUCGCCCGAUCGGAUGAGCUUACCAGACACUACCGGAAACACACCGGAGCCAAACCCUUCAAAUGCAUCGCGUGCAGCCGCUGCUUCUCACGCUCCGACCACCUGGCCCUGCACAUGAAACGUCACCAGAAUUAACACAGACAUACCUGUAUAAACAAACACACACAUUCUCACACACAGAUGGAGCAGUAUACAUUUGUGACAGCCAUCUGAACCUAACAGCAUUAAAGGAAUCAUGCACAGAUACAGCUCCAGAGUCAUCCCUGUCCGCCCGUGGUUACUCUGGUGCUUCUUGCUAACAUUGGUUGACUGAUAAUAGGCAUCUAGCAGUAUCCGAAGUACAACUGACCUUUAAUGAUAAACCUAAUAAUGAUAAAUUACCAGCACGGACACUCAAACAUACACAGGUAGUGAUGUAUGCAGGUAGGAGGGUUCACGUCUUUGUUGCUAGACCUGCUGGUUGUUCAGGGUUUCUGCUCUCUUUACACUUUAUGAUCUGGUGAAACUCCAUCCACAGGUCAACAGGGAAAGAGGUUGAUAAAAGGAAUUGUAAUCAAAAGAUGAAUGAAUGUCGAGAGCGAGAUUUUAAAUAAUCUGAAGAUUAGCAUAUUUGUUGAAGACAUUUCAGGUGAACUGGUCUUGUAUUAAUGAGCUGCUCUGUUAUCAGUAGUUCCAGCUCUGUAACAUGCAAAGUGUCUUGCUGUAUAGCUUUAGAGCGACUCCAGGUUGUUGUUUUCUCCUUUCUGAGAUAAUAGUGGUCGUCUGCUAUCAGUCAACACGAUGUUUGCUCAAGUCUUAACACCGGAGCUAAUAAUCUGCCAGGGACUCAGAGAUGAUUUUGGUCUCUGUUCUCGUCACUGAACAGAUGAGACAUGUCGAUUUAAAUCAUGAACUGGGCUCAUAUAAACACACAAUACACACACUUGACAUGCAUUACUUAUACAUUACAGAACUGUGGUGUCAGGCUUCUACGAAGCAUUUCGGACUCCUUGUGAUUACAUCUUGGAAACACUUCCUUCUUCUGUAAACAACAUGAACUAUUUUGUUUUCCUACAAAACUGCUGCCAAUUUCAUCAUGAUCAUCACUGUCACCAUCUUAUUUUUUAUCAUUUUGAGGUAUGAACCUUCAAAGGAGAGGUGGAAACCCAUUUCCCUCCGUCCUGCCUUUGUAAAUACUUUUUUGUAUAUGUGUGUGUAUGUGUAUCUGAGAAUACAACGAAUGUAUUGAGAUUUAUACUUGACUUUUUUUUGUUUUUUUACAUCAAAUGUUAAUGUGCGCUUCUUUGCGAUAUAAUCUCCCUUUAAGGGCCUGAAAAAAAUGAGUAAACAAAUAAUCAACAGACACAAUCAGAGAACUCUCCAUGGAAAAGUUAAUAAUCGGCUUGUUAUGCUUGUUUCAGCACAGGUACUACCUGUCGAGCUCAGAGAGCAGAGCGAUUUGCCAAUGUUUGUAUCCAUGACAUUACCCGUUUCCACAGUGACCAAGCUCCUUUGACGACAGUUUGCCGUUUGCUUGCAUUUUCUAUUCAGCGCUGUUUAUUAUCCCCUGCUUUUUUUCCCUCCUGUAUUUGUUCAACUCAAAAAAGACAGAGCUGGGUGGAUAAACCAGUUAUGUAAUCCUUCCUGAUUGUUUUAAUGUACAGUGCCUGAUUGCAGAGUCUGCCCUGUUAACUGGAUGAAUGGAAGGUUACCUGACUUGUCUUAAUAACAUGACAUUAACUGUCAGUUGUGGCUUCGGCGUUCUUUUGUGGUUUUGAAUAAGUCUUGUCUUCCAGCAUGGCACGGCCACACAUUUUUUGAGCUGAAUCAAUGAAGUUUAAGCCACACCCAAACCUAAUCUCACUUUAUUUUUAGAUUUCUCUGCAGACUGUAUAAAACAAGAUUUGUUGUCCCAGUGACACAUAUCAACUGUGGCCAAAGUUGUAAUAUUUUAGUAGCUCAAAUAGAUUUUAAGAGCAAAAAAUGUUUCAUCAUUAGGGCUGCAGCUAACAAUGGUUUUAGUAGUCGAGUAUUCUGCAGAUUAUUUCAUUGAUUCAUCAAGUAAUUGUAUAAGAAGUACUUUUGCUUGACGGCGCAAAAAAGUUGUUGUUUUCUUUUAGCUUGAAAUAAUCCCAUACUUUGGACACUUUCUCUCUCUUCCUCCACUUUGCAAACAGCGCCAUCAUAAUCACGUCAUGUUCACUUAAUCACAGCGAAGUGCAACAGUAAUAAAUGUCGGUGCGAAACAGUGCGCUGUAUAGUCAUAUGGAUUAAACGAAGCAUCAAUGCAAAGAAUUUGUGUCGAUGAAUUUUAGUAAUCGAAUUAUUCAAAUAACUCGAUAAGUCGUUUCAGCCCUAAACGUCAUGAAGCAGCUCUUUUCGAACUGGCCUGUAACUCAUUUUCAAAUUCAGUCAUUAACCUUUUGGCAUGCUGCUUCCCCACAAGGGGGAGCUGUUCGGUCAUUGUCAGACCAGUUCCACACCUGCCGCCCCAACCUGCGCCACCUAUAGGGAAGGACUGUAACAACAGCAGCACUUUAGACCUGAAAAAAAAAAAGUACUAGCUAAUGCAAACGCCACAGAUUUACAGCAACAGAUUUAACAAUAGAUUCUUAAGUGUCACCUCUCUAGAGUCAGUCUACCAAACGAUGGAACUUGUUAAUACAGUUACCUUACUUACCUGUAGACGACGUGGCUCAGCAGGUCAACAUGUGCCUUUCUGAUGUGCUGCUGCUGUUACUUUUCUUGCCUGUAGGUGGCACAGGAUGGGCUGGCACUGCCACUCUGCAGCUGGAUGACACUGACCAGGUUGUUUACAAGCAGAUUCUUAGAUUUGGCAUGUCUUUAAGUGUAAGAGGAUGGUGGUGCCAGAACAUUUAAACUGUCACAGGAAUGUUGUUAAGUCAUUUGGAUUGAUUUUAUUGUCAUUGCAUCCUGACCCUGUUUGUACAGGGCUUAGGCUGUAGGCGCCACCCACUUGGUACUCCAUGGAAGUUAAAACAAGCGUGAAGCAUUGAUUGACCCAGGUCUGUCCAACAUGUGUUCAAUUAGGGGAAAAAUAUCCUGUUAUUUCAACACUAUGAUAUGUUUUUUUUUAAGUUUCUUCCCAAGGAAACAAGUUCUCCUGUCUCUCUCAAGGAGGGAGCUCUGACCACCCACUGUGUACAUAUCUGUAGUUUUAACACAAGACUUUGUAAAUAUUUGUUUGGUUUUAUUUCCUAUUAUAAUAUUAAUUGUUUUCUUUUUUUAACUAAUGGGAUUUUAGAUCGGUUGUAUGUGAAUGCUUGUUUAAUUUAGUUUUGAUACUUAAUGUGUGUAAGAGAAUUUCUGAGUUCAUGUACAAAUUGAUAAGAACAACACUGGUGUAUUUUUUGU